GCCGCCGCCGCGUCAGCAGCGUGCCGCACGUGCCCGUGUUUACGUCCCUCGUGGAGCCGCAGACGUCACAGCCGAAUGGCAACAUUGUGGCGACGCUGAGACUAGCGCUUUAGGAGUCUGCUUUCUGGUUCUGGUUCUGGCUGGCUGGGCGCUGUUGGCCGGGGGCAGAGGGGCGGCGGGGAGGUAGGCCCCGGCGGGCGAGCGGCGGACGCGCGCCUCAGCACGCAGCCCCGCGGCUCCGCGCAGGCCGGUCCGGCGGCCCAGGGCCCUGCGCUGCGGCAGCGAGCGGCUUGUAAACAGAUCCGGCCGCACGUGACCAUGUGAACUACCUGCUCCGGGCCGCGUAUUGUCUCUUCUGAGAGCCGCACCACAAAGGAGCCGGUGGGUGAGCGGCCGGCGCGCUAAGAUGGCUGCAGGCGCCCCGCAAGGGUGAGCUGGGGGCGCGGCCACCGCGGAGACUCGGCCGGGCGGGCGACCCCCCUCGCCGGGCACCGGAGCUACCAUGUCGUUCGCGCUGGAGGAGACACUCGAGUCCGACUGGGUGGCGGUGCGGCCCCACGUAUUCGACGAGCGCGAGAAGCACAAGUUUGUGUUCAUUGUGGCCUGGAACGAGAUCGAAGGCAAGUUUGCUAUAACCUGUCACAACCGGACGGCCCAGAGACAGAGGAGCGGUUCCCGGGAACAGGCGGGGACGCCCGCGUCUGAUGGGAGUCGCGGUCCGGGCAGCCCCGCGGCCAGGGGUCGGUCAGAGGCCGCUGCCUCUGCUACAGCAGCGCUCCGGAGUCCCGGGCCACGGAAAAGCCAGGCCUGGGCCGAGGGCGGCUCUCCGCGCAGCGCGCGCAGCCUGAAGGGGGAUCCUCCUCGGGGUCCCGCGGGCAGAGGACCGGAGAGUCCUCUCCGUAGCCCCGCGCGGGCUAAGGCCAGCCCGCUCCGCAGAAGCGCCGAAUCCCGAGAUGCGACCGCCAGUGCCACGCCAGCCCCGCCGGCGCCCCCGGUGCCCCCGGUGUCGUCGGUGCGGGUGGUGAGUGCCUCCGGGGCGGUCUCCGAGGAGAUCGAGGUCCUGGAAAUGGUGAGGGAGGACGAGGCGCCACAGCCGCUCCCGGACUCGGAGCAGCCGCCGUCUGCCGCGGAGCUGGAGUCUCCGGCCGAAGAAUGCAGCUGGGCCGGGCUUUUCUCCUUCCAGGAUCUGCGAGCCGUGCAUCAGCAGCUGUGCUCGGUAAACUCCCAGCUGGAGCCGUGUCUGCCGGUGUUCCCCGAAGAGCCGUCAGGCAUGUGGACGGUGCUGUUUGGGGGCGCCCCCGAGAUGACCGAGCAGGAGAUCGACGCUCUAUGUUACCAACUCCAGGUAUACCUGGGCCACGGCCUGGACACGUGUGGCUGGAAGAUCCUUUCUCAGGUUCUUUUCACCGAGACGGAUGAUCCGGAGGAGUAUUACGAAAGCCUCAGCGAGCUGCGGCAGAAGGGCUAUGAAGAGGUGCUUCAGCGGGCCAGGAGGCGCAUCCAGGAGCUCUUGGACAAGCACAAGACUAUAGAAAGCAUGGUAGAGCUUUUGGACUUGUAUCAGAUGGAGGAUGAAGCCUACAGCAGCCUUGCAGAGGCCACAACUGAACUCUACCAGUAUUUACUUCAGCCAUUCCGAGACAUGCGAGAACUGGCCAUGCUACGAAGACAGCAGAUCAAGAUUUCCAUGGAGAAUGAUUAUUUGGGCCCUCGAAGAAUUGAGAGUCUACAGAAAGAAGAUGCUGACUGGCAGCGGAAAGCUCACAUGGCUGUUUUGUCUAUUCAGGAUCUCACCGUCAAAUAUUUUGAAAUAACAGCAAAAGCUCAGAAAGCUGUGUAUGAUCGGAUGCGAGCAGAUCAGAAGAAAUUUGGCAAAGCAUCGUGGGCAGCAGCUGCUGAGCGAAUGGAAAAACUCCAGUAUGCAGUUUCUAAAGAGACUUUGCAGAUGAUGAGAGCUAAAGAAAUUUGUCUGGAACAGAAGAAACAUGCACUAAAAGAAGAGAUGCAAAGCUUACAGGGUGGUACAGAAGCUAUAGCUCGAUUGGAUCAGCUGGAAUCUGACUACUAUGAUCUGCAACUUCAGUUGUAUGAAGUACAGUUUGAAAUCUUGAAGUGUGAAGAGUUGUUAUUAACUGCACAGCUGGAGAGCAUCAAGAGACUUAUAUCAGAAAAGAGAGAUGAAGUGGUGUACUACGACACUUACGAAAGCAUGGAGGCCAUGCUGGAGAAGGAAGAGAUGGCAGCGUCUGUGCACGCCCAGAGGGAAGAGCUACAGAAACUGCAGCAGAAGGCACGCCAGCUGGAAGCAAGAAGGGGCCGUGUCUCAGCCAAGAAAGCCUACCUCAGAAAUAAAAAAGAAAUUUGCAUUGCAAAACACCAUGAGAAGUUCCAGCAGCGUUUUCAGAGUGAAGAUGAAUAUAGAGCCCAUCAUACAAUACAAAUAAAGAGAGACAAAUUGCAUGAUGAAGAGGAAAGAAAAAGUGCCUGGGUUAGCCAAGAGAGACAGAGGACACUGGAUAGACUUCGAACAUUUAAGCAGAGGUACCCCGGGCAAGUCAUCCUUAAGUCGACCAGAUUACGAGUGGCGCAUUCAAGAAGAAAAAGCACAGCAAGCCCUGUGCCCUGUGAGGAGCAGUGUCACUCUCUGCCAACAGUGCUGCAGGGGCAGGAGAAGACAGAGGUGGGAGGAGGAGGAAGCCAGCUUGGGCCUUCACAGACAGCAGAACCCCAGAGCCUUGUCCAACUUGAAGACACUUCAUCAGAACAACUUGAAUCCACCUCAUUACCUCCUCGUGCUGUCGUCAGCUCUGAACUGCCUCCUCCACAGUCAGCUCCACUGUUGACUAGUAUUGACCCCAAACCGUGUUCUGUUACUAUAGAUCCUCUCCCACCCCCUCUUCCUCCAACACCUCCCCCUCCCCCACCCCCACCCCCACCUCCACCCCCACCCCUGCCUGUUGCAAAGGACAAUGGGGCCUCCACCACUGCAGAGACACUGGAGAAAGAUGCACUUAGGACGGAGGGCAAUGAGAGGAGCAUCCCAAAGUCGGCCAGUGCCCCCGCAGCACACCUCUUUGAUAGCAGCCAGCUGGUCAGCGCACGGAAAAAGCUCAGAAAGACUGUGGAAGGGCUGCAGAGGAGGAGAGUGAGUUCACCCAUGGAUGAAGUGUUAGCAUCCUUGAAGCGUGGUAGCUUUCAUCUGAAAAAGGUUGAACAGCGGACUCUGCCUCCUUUUCCUGAUGAAGAUGAUAGUAAUAAUAUUUUGGCGCAGAUAAGGAAAGGGGUAAAGUUGAAGAAGGUUCAGAAGGAAGUUUUGAGAGAAUCCUUCACACUUCUGCCUGAUACCGACCCUUUGACACGGAGUAUCCACGAAGCUCUAAGAAGAAUCAAAGAAGCGUCCCCAGAGUCAGAGGAUGAGGAAGAGGCUUUGCCGUGCACAGACUGGGAGAACUAGCAGGUGACUUAAGAGAGAAGAAAAAUACCCAUGGAUGAAGACUGGCUCUGGUUCCUUUGGGGAAAAAAUCUAAGCUCUUGGUCCCACAAUUGGAUUCCAUUAUGUCCUGAGUAUAUUGACAAAGUGGUUUGAAAAAGGAAGCACAAACGGGAGGUUACUACUGUCCAGUCCCUCUCAUUGAUAGUGCAAUGUUCCCGACUGCAGAGAGAACAAGCCUCCUGGAGACGGCUGUUCCUUCCCCACCCCUCCUCCCCAUCUGCCCAAUCAUAAUCUCAUAGUGGCCAGUCCCAUUGCUAUGAAUUGGAAGAACACUGGGUUGGCAGAGGUCUGCUGUACGAGCUACUUUGGGAUUCAUCUUUCAGUGAACUGAGAAGAUCUGUGCUGAAGCACAGCCGCUUCCAUGUCAGCUUGUAGAGACAGAGAGACAUGCUACAGAAGACAUUGAUCAAGGUAGUUAUGGUCAGGAAUUAAAAAAAAACCAUGAAAUGCACUUAAAAUUUCCACAUUAUUCAUCUCCAGAGAAGUUCAGUAUCUGAGAAGCCAGUGGAGAUAUACCUAUCAAUGUGUGCACCAGAACACGACACAUUUAACAAGGCAUAUUUUUAAGAGGCCACAGUCUUACAUUUUGUAAGAAUUUGAAGUUAAAAUUUCCAUGCUUUUAAAAUAGCGUUUCAUAAUUCUGAAUUUAGAAUAGUUUGAAUUUUAUGUGCAUCCUGUUUAUGAGAAGCAAUGCUUUGUAAUUUGAUAAUGUUAUUUUUAGUCUUUUUGUUUGAACUACUGCUUGAUUACUAUAACUCAAGACUUUCCUAUUGAGAAUCAAAAAAGCAGGAUUCAACAGUGGGGAUUCAAAUUACAAGCCGUGCACCCGGUUACGUUUUUAUUGUUAUGCUCCGUGGUGAGGAGCAUGUAUUCAGUAAAGGUCCAGAAGGCAGCUGGGCCCGAAGCCUCCAGCUGGCAUUUUAGUGGUUUUGUUUUUUGUUUUUUUAUUCUGUGUAUAGAACUUUAGGAGAACGUUUGUUGCUGUCACUAAAUCUUUAAACUCACAUGUGUAGAUCCAAUGCUGACCUGGCUGUAUCUUAAAGGGUCCAUUUAUGAACGGGGCCGGCAGGGAUUGUCAUUGGUUUGAUUAUGUGAACAUGCAUGAGGGCAGAUAUGCUGGACCCAGUUUACAGUACAUUGUAGUGUGUGCUUUAUAUGGAGGAAUUGAAAUACCAAAAAGAACUUCAUUUGUAGAAAGUUCUUUCCCGGCGUUGCCCAGAAUCUUCCCAGAAGCGAAAGCCUCUCAAUGCCCGCCAUAGUUUUCCUCCAGGAACAUGGCUUCCUGGUCACUUUUAAGAGAUGUGUUUCUUUAAUUAUGAAAAAGAUUCUUGUAACGGGUUAUAGAAAACCAAAUUUUUGCACUUAAAACAUUCAUGUUUAUUGAUGAGACUGGGAGCUCAUGUAGCAAUUACUUUAUAUAUUGGUUUUAGUCCAAGCAUAAUUCACACAUCUUGUCCGCAACAAUUAAAAGAGCUCUGAUAUAUAAGCCUCAUUCUAAGAUGAUCUGUGUGUCCUUUAUACCCCCAGUAAAGCACCAAAAUGUGUUUAACCCAAAGAGUCAUUGGCUAGAUAAAGAAAUAUUUGAAAAGCUUCAAAACUUACAAAUGUUCUAAAAAUCAGCCAUCGUUUAUAAACUUGUAAUAUUUACAGAUCUAUCCAUCGAUGCAUUAUAUAUUCAGGUUCUUUGCUUACUUACUUCUGAGGCCAGGCCCUGCUGUGUAGCCCUGGCUGGCCUAGGAUUUGCUGUGCAGGCCAGGCACUCUGCAGCAGUCUGCUUCUCUCUGCCUCUCUUACAGGUAUGCACCAAGAUGCCUGCGUCCCUGGUUGUUUUUGGUUUUUGUUUUUUUUUAAGAUUCAUUUUAAAAAUUACUUUAAAUUAUGUAAACUAUGUACAGAGGCUCUGGCUUGGUUACUAGGAACCAAACUUGGGUCUUUUGAAGGAGCAGUGUGUGCUCUUAAUCUCUGAGCAAUCUCUCCAGUCCCUUUUUUUAAACUAUAGGAAAAUAUGAAAUAUAAUUUAUCAAAAGCCAUUGUGUUGUACUCUGUUUAGCACCACGUGCCUGGGCUUUGUAAGUGGGGAUGAACUGGGACAAUGAGCAGCUCUCAGCACAUCCUGACAAUCCAAGAUUACAGCCUGGAGUGAGCCUUCAGCCUGUUUUCAAGUAAAUGAUUCUCUCCCAACAUGCCAGCUUCUCUGCCUCGGGAGUCUUGUUUUUGUACUGGAGCAUGGCUCAGUAGUAAAGUGCAACACCUUAUGUUCCAUCUCUAGCAUUGGCUUCUUAAUCCUCAAGAAAAGAUUUUUACUUCACAAAAUCACACACAUUGGAGUUACUCAUAAUAAUAUAAUUUAAAAUAACUAGUAUACAUGUGUUCAUCAAAUCACCAGGUGAGCCCUCAUUAAUUUAAAGUGGUUUUAGGGCCCCAGGAAAAUGACAAUAAGCAUGAUGUGGUUUUUCUCCCUUACUUUCCUAGACACAGAAGUUUUGCUUAAUUUUAGAUGCAGUCAUCAGACCAUAAGUGAUAAGCUCUGGCCUUCAGAGUUCAUUCAUGUGUCUAGUUGUCAUGGCAGUCAGUCAAUGUUUCCAGUUCCCAGUGUAGUUAGCCUUCCACGGUGCCCAGUAUCCACAGACACUGCUUGUCUUUGCUGUUCCCAAGUGUUUUAUACUGAAGAUGGGAAAGCAGGAGUUAACUAGAUGCUUAAUCUAGUGUUAUUAUUCAUACUUGAAUGUCAAAUUUCAAAUAUGUCCCCGAUACAACCAAAAUAAUGUAUAGUAGCCGAUGUGCUAUGUAUAGAAAAGAUAUCUCUAGGUUAAAGGUCCUAGUUGGUUUUUAGUAGUAAGAAAUUGCUGGCGAAUGAGGAUUUUAGGGUCUAAGCAAUGACCCUAGUUAAAGAGUGCUUUAUAUAGGGAUAUGAAGUUCAUGAGACAGCAUAAAAACAAUCAUUCCUUAGUUGCUCAUCAUGCACUUAAAACUUUCUUCCCCCUCCCCAUUCCUGAGACAGGGUUUCUCCAUGUGGCCCUAGCUGCUCUGGAACUCCCUCUAUAGAUCAGGCUGGCCUCAAACUCAGGGAUUUGCCUGCCUCUGCCUCCCGAGUGCUGGGACUAAGGCAUGUGCGACUACACCUGUUGCAAAAUCCAUUUUUUAAAAGAUACUGGUGUAGUAUAGUGAACACUUUGUGGACUCUACAGUGUGUGUGAACGUUCAGAGGGUUCUCAUUUGUAUAAAUAUGAAUGUCGAACAAUCCUUGGUGCCACAGUAAGUCCUAGAAUGUGGUAAGUUGCACGGUGUACUGCAGACACCACACACUAAGAAUUAGAAUUCAGUAGGAUAUAGAAUGACAGCAUCCACAUGGCAUGGGGGCACGCACAUUGAUACAGUUGCAUUCUCUAGACUCCCUGAGACUUCUUUAUGGAAUCCACUCACAGAAUAUGUUUGUAUUUAUUUAAACCAAUAUUUUGAGUCCAGCCUUGUAAUACACUCAUCAACAGACAUCAAUCUGCACAGUGACUUUGGGUCUUUAGUGGGCCUGUCAGGGAGUUUUGAGCUUUCUUACAUUUUACCAGUAAAAUAAGUAUAGAUCCUGACCAACUGCAGGACAUUUCAGACUAUUGCUUAAGAUGCAAGCACUUGACAGGGAAAGCGGAGACCUUUAAUUUUUCCUCAUCUUUGCACUGAAUAUAAAUGAUUAUAUAAAGCUAAAUGUGCAUAUUGAACAUUUUAUUUGUGCUUGGUGUUGCCAGUGACCAUCAAGACUUUAGAUGGAAGAGGGUGAGAAAGCAGAAGCACCUUACUGCUGAGCACACUGUGUUCAGGCCUCACGACUGCAGUCGUGAGGCCUGAACUUUAUGUUAGAGCAUGUUAAAAUCCUGCCUAAUUGCUUGGAAAUAGGAGGCGAUGGUAUUUUUAGCCUAUUUAUGUAAUGUAACUUAAAAGGUUUUCCCAGAAAAUGAGUUUAUAUUGUUAUCUAAACUAUCCCAUGUGUAAACAGAAGCUUUUAAAGGUAGGAGGCAGUCCUGAUGCAGAGAGAGACAAUGAGAGAGACAGUCCACUAAAUGUUCCCUGAGUUAUGUUAAAGAUGUUCUUAUUUUAAAUUUUUUGUUUUGUCCACAGUAAAUAUACAAUGUGGCAUUUAUAUGACUUAAUGGAUUGAGCUCCAAGUUUAUAAAUGUACCCUCUCUUCAAAGCAAAUUUUUUGGGGCCACUGUAAGGUGCAUAUAGAGAAAUUACCUCUGAGGAUGACAUGCUAAAGUGUUCAUGAGAGCUGCUUCACUUCCACCCUCAGAGAAUCACUUGUUUUGAGAGCAAGGGGAAGUUUCUUUUUUUUUUUUUUUUGUAGAUUCACUUAUAGUUAACAGUGGCCCAAUUUAGGGUAUUGGAAAUGAGUAGGGAAGACAAUGAAAUGUUUAAAAACUAAAGGCAUGGGUGUUAGAGUUGAGUUUUAACAGGAGAAAACAUUUUUUCUUGCAUGUUGUAUAGUUAACUGUCAAGGGGUGUAAUGCGGCAUUUUAGGUUUCUCCAUGCAAAUUCCUUUGUCUUUCCUAUGAAGUCUUUGCAGUUACCGGUGGCAUUUCCCUUUCCUGUGGUUUCCCCUUAUUUUGUGUGAUGUAACAAGGGUUGCAUCCUAUAGCAGUUUCUUACAAUGUUUUCGACACAGUCCCCACUGCCUUGUUGAAUCUCUCUCUGUACUGUAUGCACUGCCAAGUGUGAGACCAUAAUAUGUAGUUUAAUGAGAAACGGAAGGAUGCAGGUCAGUUUGCAUGAGUAAAGCCCACUGGGGCUACAUAAACUGACACUUUUGUCAUUUUACCCAGUUGUGGGUAAAUGAAGACUACAAUGGCAGACUGACUCACCAUUACUUGCUUUGUGCAAUGUUAUAAAGGCAAAACACUAUGCACUAUGCUUGGCUUUACAGAUGGCAUUCCCACCAUGACAUUAAGUGGAUUGUCCACAGCAUACUAUAAAUGCCAUCUCUUGCAAAUUUAUAUACGUAAAUAUGCUCAAUUAACACUUAAGUAUUACAAGUAUAAGGAAACUACUAAGCAGGCAUUUAUAGCAAUACUAUGAAAUCUCCAAUCACUGUUUUGACUGUCGCCUUCUCCUUAGUGCAGCCUUUCUGCAUCGUAGUUGCUGCUUUUUUACAUUUCACACUCCUGACUUCAGAGUUAAGUACUUGCUCAUCCAGUGUUGCACUCACCUUUCUUAUUGUACAUGCAAUGUAACAACACACAGUUUUGGUGCUUAACAAUAUUCCUUUUUUUCUUUAAUAAAGGAUAUUUAUUUGAAUUAA